CAUCAGAUCAUCUACGAGGUACGCGCUUAUUGAAAACAAGAUAGAAAACGGCUUUGUGUCUCCCAAAGAGUGGAUAGCUACAAAUGACCACCGCAGCCUCCUCUGCGGCCGAGAAAGCUCGGCAGAUCGCAGCGAAGUAUUCCGGAGAGGGCCAAAGCUUCCAAGUGAAGUAUCUAGGUACGCAGGAGGUUAGCAGCGCCAAGGGAGAUGCAGUUAUUGCCGACUGCCUCAAGGAGCUCCGCAUGCUGUUCAAGGACGUUGCGGUCAACCUUCCUAAGGUUGUGGUCACCCUGCAGCUGAGCGGAAAUCACCGUCAUUGACGAAAAAUCCAAGGUGGAGAACAUCAAAGUUCCGCUGGACAAGAUCUCUUACGUGUGUCUGGACCCAGCAGACAGCUCUGUCUUCUCUUUCAUCAUACGCAGCAACGACACAAUCUCUUCCAAGGGACUGCGACUGCACGCUUUUGUUUGCCAUCCACAAGUAGCAAUAACGUUUAAUCGCUCAGCACGGGAGCUGUUUGAUUUCAUGGCCCGUCUGAUGCGAGCCAAGAAAAAGAUGGCGCGGCAGGAAGCAGAGGCGGCUGGAGUCAACAGUCAGACUCCAGAACUGCCUUCAAUUCCUCUUUCAGACUCUGAACCUCAGGCUAUAGUUCCAGCUACAGCUGAACCCAGCAAUCAGCCUCCAGAGGAACUGAUCCAGCUGCCAGGUGGAAACCCUUUUGCAGGGUCCACGGAUGGUUACAUGUACAGAUGGGCCUCUGCCAACUUGGCUGAGUUUGGAGUACGUUGCGAGUAUAGGCUUUGUGUAGGCAGGCCAGAGUUUGAAGUCCAUUUCUAUAAGUACCCUAAAGUUGAGCUCAGCAGUCUAGAGUGCAUUUGCCAAGUGAACUUCUGGGAUAGCUAUACAGCUGUGACUACUGGCGGUUUGCCUGUGCAGGAGAAGAGACAACAAGCUGUGUUUAAUGAAUGGAAAGAACUUGAGAAAGAACUCGAUGAGAUUGGACAGGAUCUGGGUGUUUCCAGUCCAGCAAAAGUACCAGUGACCUCGACUCCUACAGCUUCUUCACAAACAAUCUCAGCAAGUCUCGCCCCAAAGGCCUCCCAGCAGGAACCUCCUUCAACUUCCCAGCCUCCAGUCCUGCCAGACAUCAUGACAGCCAGUGGCUCUGAUCCUUUCAGCAGCAGCUUCUUUGGCAGCUCCUUUGGUGGUGCUAAUCCUCCUGCACUUGUGGCAGUCCCUCAGAGGAACGGAGACACAAACAUCUUUGACGAUCUUGUCUUCAACGGCCACGUUGACAAGACAGAGCACACGUCUGACUCUGUUCCAUCGACCCCCGAGGGUAAGAGGCUGACCUACGCAUCGAGACCUCGUCCCAAGGGGAGGUCCCUGGACACAUUGAGUCCUCUCUCCCCACCACCCGAUGGUGGUGGGUUGAGGGAAGCUCGAGAGGUAAGCCUGAGUCCCGACAGCGAAGAACAAGUGAAGAGCAUUCUCACCAACACUGACCCUUUCUCGCCUCCCCCCCUGAACGCUUUCCAGUUUCCUCAACCAAGCAGCAACGAAUCGGGCUUCUUUCAGCCGGCAUCCUUCACGCCAAUUGCCAGCCCUAGCUCUGGUGUCUUUUCUCCUACAUCGGUGAUGACACAGGACUCGAUACAACUGGUCAACCAGCUCUACCAGUCCCAAUCGUACACACCCAAUGGAUCGUUCUCCGGUCCGUUCUCGCCACCUGCUCAGGUCCCCUACCAAAUGGUUCCAGCAGUGAUGUCUCCACCGAUGGGACUAAUGCAGCCUCACUUCCAAGGACAGGGCGUUGGCCCACCAGUCAUGAUGCAGCAAGUACCAGCUCAACCUCAGGUGCUCCCAGAUGUGAUGAGCCCUCAGGCAAUGCUUCCUGUUGGGGUCAACAGCUUUGACGGCAUUCUCUCUCCAACUCUCGUUAAUUCACCCCCGCGACCUCCUGCAGGCUCAGUCUGGGCUCCUCAGAAUGCCCCAGAAAUCGCCCUGCAAAGGGAACAGAGAGAUUGCAUGUUUGCUGACCUGGUGUCCCAAACCUCCCACCCAAUCCCAGAGAAACGGAAAGAGUUUGAGCCCGAGGUGAAUAAGGUGGCCAAACCCACUCUCGCCGAGCUGCAGGAGAAGAAAAAGAAGGAGCAGGAAGAAGCUUUCAUAGCGAUCACCUCAGCGGAAAGCACAGAAGAGAAAGGGGAAGAAGUAGUCGAUUGGCCAUCUUCGCCAUUUGAUGACAUUGUUCUAACCCAACCAUUAGGGAGUAUCCCUGAGCCUCUGCUAGCCAGCUCCAGCCCAGUAUCUACAGCCACAGCGACAGGCAGUCAACAGAAAUCCAGCGAGUCUACUGGGCAGAAAGAUCCACUUGCACAGGUCCUUGACUUGGACAAUUUCGACGCGGCAUUUCAAGAGGGUGGCACUCAGGAUCAGAGCAUUGAGUCUGCUUUUGAGGCACAGGCAGCUCCCAAGUCGCAGCCACUCCCAUCCCCACCAGCCACCAACGAUCCGUUUGCCCCGACUGCUACUGUAGCCUCCCCCACAGAGAAGACCGCGGCUCCUUGGAGCCUCUUCUAAUGAGUGAUGUCCCCCUUUCUCUCGUGUGACUUUAUAGGCUUGGAUAUAACUGUGAUUGUGAGUGUGGCCCUUAGUUUUGCUUUGUGUGAGUAUUGCGUAUUAAUCCUAUUGUUG